UCAGCGUUUACUGCCAUUCCUGCGACACACACAGAGACCGAGACCUCGCACCGUAUUAUUGUAAGCCAUUUCAUUUGUGGAGCUGACUUGAAUCGCCUCAACAGACAUCAUCCAGCAGUUUUCCCUGUGGACUGAAAAAGCAUCAAGAUGACUCUGCAGUCAGAGUUUGAGCAGAUAGCUGGGGAUGUGAAGAAAAUAAAGACUCGACCUGAGGACCAGGAGCUGUUGGACCUUUAUGGCCUCUACAAACAGGGUACCGUUGGUGACAUCAAUACAGACAAGCCUGGAAUGCUGGACAUGAAAGGAAAAGCUAAAUGGGAAGCAUGGAAUUCCAGGAAAGGAAUGUCAGAAGUUGAUGCCAUGACAGCCUACAUCGCAUUGGCCAAGGAGAUCAUCGACAAAUAUGGAAUGUAAUUGAAAAACAUCAACAGGGUAGCCUAUAUCACAAUUAUUUAGAGCACUUUUAUCUACCGAAAUAACAUAUCAAUAUUAUUAUACAUUGAGGAAAUCAGAAGAUUAAAAAAAAUUACUCUAACUUAAAAAAAAAACAUUUUUCCAUUGUUAAAUUUAAAUUCACAAAGUGCUGACAGCUAACUGCUGCAUUGAUUUUGACUUUGUUUUGUUGACUGGUUAUGAAUUAUGUUAUUAAAAUGAGUUCAAAUUAAAUCAGUAUCAGCCAGGGGCUGAGACAGAGGGGUGCAGGGUUGCCCACCUUGGCCUCCAUAUUUCCCAAGCAAUCAGAAAAUAAGGGGAAAAUUUGCAUUAUUUCACACCUGACGAGAUGUCAGGUUGGACCCAUCAGGUAGGACCCUUUUCUCUCACUCCUCUCACACAAAAAGCCAUACAGGAGCAUUGUUGAAGACAUUUAUAUAAAUGUAUCAGAGUUGAAGACUUAGGCUUACAUUUAUCUCUGUUAAAGUUACAACCUCUUAGAAACAAGCCUCUAGUCUGUCAGUUCUUUAAUUAGGGUUAUUGUCUGCUCAUAUGCUCAAUGCUGAAGUCAUAAUUGAUGCAUGAGGUGCGCUCAUUACAUUUGAAAAGGAAGCCCAACUGAUAUUUCAAAAUGCCCACUGUGUCGAUGCAUUCUAGAGCCGCCCCUGGUAUCAGCUUUUUUUUUUUUUUUUUGGAAUGCAUGUGAAUUUAGGUGAAUUUAAUGAAUGGAUAAAAUGUCAUGUAUACAUCACUGUAACCUUCCAUGCCUUUACUCUGCAUAAUCUGUAUUACUGUACUUCUAAUCAUACUCUCAGGAGAAAAGUGGUUUUCACCCUCGCUACUGAAAUUAAUAGCAUAACAUGUGAUCAGUAUGAUGUGUCCUCUAGUGGCGCUGGUUGUUGACGCAAACUUUCACCAAGCUGCCAAAAUGGUCUCAAAGGAACUGAAAGAGCAGGAGGCACUCCAGUAGUACUGUAUAUGCCCAAAAGCCUUCUUAGUAAUACUCUAACUGGCAAAUUACAAAUAGCUUGCAUGUCACUUGGUGUAUUUGGUUCCAAGACAGCAUUUUGGACAUUCUAGACUUGUACACCUUUUAUAUGUCCUGGAAAUAAAAAUGUAUUUAUUCUAAAUAUUAAA